AUGGGAUUUGGGAAUGAGAAUGAUGGGGGUUUUGGGGAUGAUAAUGCUGGUGGUGGUGUCAAUGUUAGAGGUGAGCAGUUGUUGCAGGAACAAAUGCCGUUUACUUCUUUGCUUAUGCUGCCCACGGAGGUGGAUGUCAAGUCUAAUGGUAGAGUUAUUGGUGGGGAUAUAAUGUGGGAUAGUAAUGCCAAUGCUCACGGCACUCAGAUAUGGGAUUUUCAUUUAGGGCAACUGAGGAAUCAUGAUGAAUCUGGCCAGUUAGAAAUUGAAUAUGGUGCAAAUGAUGCAGGAUUUGUGAUUAAGAAUUUUGGUGAACUAAUGAAAGAAACAUCAUUAACUAACACGAAAAUGUUGGGAGACAUGUACCAGAUGAAUUGCUCCAUCGCCCGUGAUGAUAUGGCAUCAUUUAAUAACAAUCUAAAUAACCCAACAUCUAGCCAGGGUCCAGCAACAUCUGAAAGUAACAACCUUCCUAUAGCAAGAACGUCAUCAGGCUCAGGUUUUAGUAAACCGAAAUGUUCAAGUAGCUCUAAAGAUGUCCAGUUCAUGGAACAGUCUAUUCCCGUAAGAGGUGAAGUCUUGAACACAGAAGCAGCAACCAAGGUUGACAUGGAGCCGCUGACCCGGAGUAGAGGCGAUGCCAUGCAGCGUUACAAGGAGAAGAAAAAAACCCGAAGAUAUGAUAAGCACAUACGGUAUGAAUCAAGAAAGGCGAGAGCUGAUACUAGGAAGCGAGUGAAGGGUCGAUUUGUGAAGACGACUGAAGCUCCUGACAGUUGA